CUCCAGGGCGGCGCUGUGUCUAGACAGGCGAUGCGAAGCGACUCGGAGCUGGGUUACGCCUCUACCAGUUUCAGAUCAAUACCCUUCGCCUGCCCUGCACAUGCGCUAUCUACCCAAUAUUCUUUUCGAACAUUCUGAAGUAAAUUGAUUUGAAAGUUUUAAAGAAAAGUUUUUAAAUGAUGGAUCGAUUUAUAGAACAAGUUAAGUAUCAUCCUUGUUUAUGGGAUAUGGGGGAUCCCGCUUACAAAGACUUCGAAGUGAUGGAAAAAGCUUGGGCGGAAGUAGCGGCAGUAACGAACUACGCCGACGGUAAAGCCGCCAAAGUUCAAUGGAAAAAACUAAGAGACAAUUUCCGGGAGGCUUUAAAACGCCAGAAAGACUCUAAAGGAUCCAGAGCUUGGAGAUAUCAUCAACAUAUGGAAUUCCUUAUUCCAUUUAUGCAAAGCAAAAAUGGCGACUUGAUUUACGAAAACGACAAGGCCUCGGACACGACGGCCGAGAUCCUUCCAUACUCCGAAGAUGCCAAUUACGUCAUUAACUUAGAGGAAGAAGCCAGUGACUCGAGUUCAUCGUUGCCUCGAAAGAAAAGAAAAAAUUGCACACCCCUGUCUUACCUGGAUGAUGCAAAACGAAUUGAAAUGGAUGAGUUGAAUCAAAAUCUACUAUCUGCAGGUAGAAAUCCUCUUUUAGAAUUUUUUAACAGCAUGUACAGCACGACAGAGACUUUACCCGCUCACCUGCAGUUGCAAGUCAAGAAGAAAGUGUUCGAAAUCGUGACAGAAGCCGAAGAAACGGCCCUCAUGUUGCAAGAUCAGUAUGAGAAACAGAAUAAAGAAUAUGAUGUAAAGGAUUUUUUGUAGAAAAUGUAUAUAUUAAAGUAUUUAUUUUUGUCGUAAUAA